UGAAAAUAGGAUUCACCGUCCAAUGCCUCUACAACGUCUCCCUGCUGCCGGGCGCAGCUGGGGGUGUUUGAUGCAGAACGAGCUGACGAAUAAGACGAUGGCCUUUCAUGAGUCACGAGAUUUCAAAGCAGCGCACAGGCACAAGGCAAGAAAGAAGGCGGCCAAAAUGGAACCGUUCCGGAAGGGCUUCACCGCUGCUGUAAUCCCAGAGGACCCUGUGGAUUGGCUGCCGCCGUUGAAAUAA